AUGAACUCAUCCCAUCAUUACAUAUCUCAGCAGGCCAUCGGGAUGUCGGGUCUGACGCAAGCGAAUGCGGUAGUCUUCCUGCCUUGGGUCAUCUCCCUCUUUGGAUGGUUCCUCCUGCUUUGCGGAGUGGCAGCUCUGCAGUCGGACUGCAGCUCUAGCGGUGCCAAUGCCAUCGUGCGUGCCGGCGCUGCGGGGUACUUCUCACCCGUCCCAUGCAGCCAGUGCGUUUAUGGUGUGGGGAGCUUCUAUGGCUUCACCUGGUGGAUCACCGUCUACCUGUUCAUCCUGUCCCUCCUCCUCCCCAUCCUGAUGACCAUCAACGGCAUCCGGCGCUUCAGAGCGGGCCUCAUCGGUCUGGUGGCGGUGGAGCUCAUGCUGCUCAUGGACCUCAUCAACUCCUUCCUCUACUUCAACACCAUCCCCACCGUCAGCGGGGCCCUGCUGGCACGCGGCCGCGUGGUGCUGGCCGGCGCCAUCAUCGCCGCCAUCGGCCUCUUCGCCGUGCUGAUCGGGCUGGGGCUGCAGGACGAGCGGGACCCGGAGCUGCACUCCAAGCGCGUGGGCGCGGGGAGCGGGGAGACGCGGGGCGGACGCUUUGUCGAUCCCGGCAACGACAAGGCCAACGUGGUGGCCUACAACAACCCCAUUGCCGAGGAGUAG